UACGAUGGUACUGCUGCUGAAACACGCUGUUUGGGGCAGAAGUGUGAGCAGAGCGGAGGAGCCAUGGCCAGGGAGGGCAGCGAACAGCGGGCACUGCAGUAUGAGCAGACAUUGAUGUAUGGCAGAUACACCCAGGACUUGGGUACAUUUGCCAAAGAAGAAGCUGCUCGCUUACGUCAUGAAGAGGACCGAAGAAAGACAUUCCCAAAGGAGCGUGCAAAGGGACCUGAGUUACUGGAAUAUGACAAGAGCCGUUGUGCAAAAUGCCGCAGGACUGCAGUCAUGGUGAAUGAAUUUACAACAGGCAGCGAAGGCUUCAGGAGAGAGAUGUAGAACCAUUAAGUCCAGAUUGCAGUGUGAAACUUACAGCUUUUUCAGAUCAUUGCCAAAUUCUGUUUUCUUACCCAAUAGCACAAAGCAAAAUUUUGGUGUAGUAAAAUGCCUCAUGAUUCAUGAGGGGUUUUGGUAAAAAAAGAUUGUUGAAAAUGCAGUGUCUUAAUACGUGAAAUGCAUAGUCUGUAACAGAGCAUUGUGGUUAUUUAUAUAUGUGCUGCUUUUAUCUUUCUUCUUUUGACUCCAGAUGUUCAUUACACUGUUUUCUUGGGUUUCCGUAGAAAUUCUGAGGGCCAUAAAUGUGAAACUCUAAAUAGAGAGACGGAAUGUGUGUAUCGGUAAUAUAUACUUUACCCGAGGUUACAGCACCUUGGAAUAUUUUCCCUUAUUUCAAGAUUUAUCAUUUGCAGAUAGUAUAUACAAUUCGAUUGGGGGCGGGGGAGGGGGGCAAAGCAAAAAGGCUUUAAUGGCACUACAGUGAAUUUUGGGAUUCACUACAUUUCCUUUCUUACACUUUUGAUAGGAAGUUAUUUUCUGUUAUCACCUUGGUACUGAGUUAUAUGUCAUUUUAGUUUUCUAGAGAAGUUGUAUUUUUAUACUUGUUGUAUAAAAUAACAUUUCUUUAGUUUUCCUGGUUGCACGUCUGUAAACAUAUCCUGAAUCGUGCAUCAUCAAAAGUUAUUGUUAGACGCUCAAAGUGUUUAAAGUUGUCUAUUUGCAUUGAUAAAUUAUAAAAUGUGUGAUGUGGCUUAAUGUGAACAGAUGACCAAAACUGGUAAGGAGUUUUUCUUCAGGAUUACUGCUAGAUUUUAUUUUCUAUUAGCAAAUGGCCUAAAUGCUGGAGAAAUUAGGGGACUAAUUCUCUUUUGUAUCAGUCCAGAUGUUAGAAUGAGCAAAAUAUAUUGUCCUUUUAGUGCUCAGGGUUUGUGGACACUGAAUGAUAUUCUUUGUAAGAUAUUCUUUGUAAGAUCUGUAUGAAAUGACACAUUUUGUGAACAAUGCAAGUUUGUCCACUUAAAUGACUGUUUAACAGAUACUCUGCAUCUGUGUGUGUGUGCGCACUUGUAUACUUGCAAAUAAUGUAUGCCUUCACUUGCUGGAGGCAGGUAUAUGGUAACCAUUAUAACACUCAUAAUAAUAGUGAUACCCUGGGUCUGUGAUACACAAUAAGCUCCAGAG